AACUUGAGUUGAGAUGUCGCCGUAGCGCGCAAACACAACAGACUUUGCAGAAUAUAAACGAACGUUUUCACCGCCAUACAUAAUCAGUGCUUGUUAUUUUUGGUUUAGCGGCAACUCACUGCCACCGCACGAUUCCAAAGCUACAAAUCGGAGAGUUGAGAAAACGCGGGUUGCUACCGUGAAUUCGUAUUAUUAUUCCAAACACACACACACUAGUGGAGAGUGUUUUAAUUAAUUCAUUCAUUGAUUCUGCAAUUGACUCUCGGAAUUAUCAAUGGUUGAUCAAUUGGAAUGUUCAAUUCGAAUUACAGAAGAAGGAGAAUGCGAUCCUUCAAUCCCAAUUCCCAGGGGUGGUCCUAUUUACCUCUCCAAUAUGUCUUCCUCUAUUACUAGGGUUUCUCUUUUUCAGGAUUCUCUUCUUUCUCAACUUCAGAGUCUAGAAGCCGAGUUACCUCAAGAUUCUUCUUCUUCUUAUGAUGAUGAUGAUCUCUCUGUCGAUGAUCUUAAAGUUUUUACAGAGGAUGAGUUAAUGGACAUGGCUUUGAAACAAGUCUUUCAGGGUACUAGUAGUAGUAGUAGUAGUAAAGAGGAGAACACUCCACCACUUUCCAACCAACCUAACAAUGCAGAGCAUCCCAACAAUAAUAAUAAGCGCUUCAGGAGAAAAACCAGAGGAACAAAUAAUUCCAUUCUUAAUAGUAGUUGUAUUGAAAAGGUGAAAGAGGUUGUGAGAAUCAAACAGAAGCAGGAAGAAGACAAGGCAGAAGUCAGACUUCAUUCAUUUAAUCCUGAUUGCAGGACCAAUGAAUCUGCCAACAAUUCAGUAACAACAGAAAGGAUGAUGUCUCUUAGGUCCACAAGUUCUGCCACAAAGAUCAACACAAUGGGCCUUCAGGAACACCUACCUGUGCAGUAUCCAGAAGUUGUUCUCUGUGUGGAGAUUUACCAUAAUUUUCGAAGACGUGUCAAGACCCAAGAGCUGUUAGUUCUUGGUAGGCAGACCUUAACUGAAUUGAGGGACAAGAUCAAUUGCUCAACGGACCAGGUUAUGCAAAAAGCUGGGCAACAUGAUCCUUCUGGUUAUUUUCUCAUUGAGGAUGUAUUUUAUACUGAUUUGAGAGAUCCAUCUGCGACUGAUUUAACCAGACCCAUACUGGAUUGGCUCCGAAACUCCAAGGAGGAGGCACAGAAGAAAUGGGAAUAUAUUAUAAAUGGGGAGCUACGGCGUAAACAAAUGGCAGUCGUGGGGGAAGCAUCUGUAUCGCACUUGCCUCGUUUUGCAUCUGUUGAGAUGCACAAGAUGUAUUUUUGUGACUUAAGCUUUCGACUUGGUGCUGGGUACCUUUAUUGUCAUCAGGGUGACUGUACCCAUACUUUAGUGAUACGAGAUAUGAGGUUAAUUCAUGCUGAAGAUGUACACAAUCGGGCUGUUUAUCCAAUUGUCACUUUUCAACUGAAGAUGCGUUUUCAGAAAUGUAGUGUUUGCAAAAUAUUCAGAGCUACGAAGGUCACAGUGGAUGACAAAUGGACACCAAAAAACCCUUGUUAUUUUUGUGAUGAAUGUUUUUCCCUACUUCACCUAGCAGAGGACGGCUCUCCAUUGUAUACCGAUUUCAUAGAAUAUGAUUAUAACAAUGAUUAAAUUGUUGUCAGUCUUUAGAGGGACAAUACAGGUGAUUAAACUAAAGAUUACAUUUUUUACAGUAAUCUUAUUCAUUUGAAUAAUGUUGGAUGGAUGGUACAAUAACAAUGAGUCAUAGGAAUGAAUUGGCUGAUUCGGUGUAUUUCAA